AUGUAUCUAUCUAUAUAUCUAUCUUUCUGGCAGUUCGUCUUCAUUCCGUACAAAGCUUACAAAUCCGCCUCUCGCUCCAAAACUUUCGAAUCUUCCAGCCAGACUUCCCGUCUAAAACCAGAUGAAAGCAGGAGUACUAGGACAAAGUCAUCCUUCCCAUAAAUGCGGAAGAAGGUUAUAACUCACCACAACAAAUGUGCCCCAAUAUCCUGAACCUCACUCAGCUUGAGAGUGCCCCUUCCCAAGAAUGAGCGGGGACGGACGGAGGGACGGAGGCACCAACAAACUGCAGUAACGACAUCAAAUCAUUUUCAUCGUCUCAUUUCGUCGUCGAGAGUUCUGAUUCCUCUCACAUUUUGUCUGGACUUGGUUCAUCUCAGCGUCCCUUUUCAGUAUCGUUCCGUCUCUCUUGGGAGGAGGCCUCUUCUUCUUCUCGACGUUCAUGUUCUCGUCCUCGGCGUGGCGUUGUUUUUUUCCGUUUUCUUCCUCUUAUUCUUUCUUUACUACUAUCACUACUACUGCGACUACUACACUACUACUACAACUACUAUAACUAGUACUCCCAAGAGGGCUCUGGCAAUGACAUUGCUACAGCAGGAUUUUCCUCUCCACAAUCCCGGUGGUAGGCUUGUGGUGGCGUGCACCCCCUCCUCGUGUCGAACAGUGUUCCAAUGAGGACCCACUCAAUGAAGAGAGUGAGUGGUACGGACCAUAGCCACAUAGCCAAGCAUGCUGCUUCACGAACGAGAAUACUACUUCUUAAACUUGGCUAACAGGGUCUAACUCAGAUGUGCUAGUUCCAUGUGGACCCAAGUGAAGAGUGGUCCUGGAAAGGACUGUAUUGUUGAAUUUCUGUAUGUCUGUGAUACGUUUCCCGCCUGACGAGCACUGAUGACUUCUUCCAAGCCAGUCGACAUCUUGGACAUGUCAUUUGUCAUUUGUCUAACUCACGUCCGUGAUCCACAUGUCAAGCGAGAGACUUAAAUCCGGAGCAGCCUAUUUACCCAGAGCUGUUGGUGCUGGAGAAGAAGGCUCCGGAGAAGGGGACAAAACAGAGGGCUUGUUGAGACUAAGGAAUCUCCGGGAUUACUGGCGCCCACGUCCCUGAGAAUAUCCUUAUGGCCACGGGUCUGCUACCUCCUGGGCUCAUGUUGGACUCCAAAAGUGACAGUGAGGAACACUCGAGCCUUUGCAAAGUGGUCACCGAUUGGCUACUCUUCUACAUGACAGCCUUUUUCGUUCUUCUCACCAUCUUCUCGAUUUUGUCUUUAAUAUUCUUGGUUCCGUUUUUCAUCGAUCCGGCAUGGUCGACCCUUCAGGCGGAUUUUGAGCCCCAGGGGAUACUCUGCACAACCAUAUCGGCUGAGUAUAAAGAAGGCAAGUCCAAUUGUGAUUGGUCCUCCUGCGAAGAAGGUUGCACAAAGACCAUUUACACCUGCUGGCAGAUUCUUGUGGAGUACGAGAACAUUUCGUCUUCUCACAUUGGGACCUCGGAGGGCGAAGAAAUUCUCAGUUCCUUGGAUCUCUCUCACCAGCCAUCUAUUGGAGUGGGGAAACUUUUCCCGAACAUUAAGGGCUGUGGUUAUCCUCCCAACACGAUUUGCACGGAUUUCGUGGACAAAUACAAGCAGGAAGGUACCAGGUUCACUUGUUACGUGUCGAAGAAGAUGCCGGAUGUGGUUCUAGUGGACUUGGAUCUGGACCAUGUGCGAUUAGAGCUCUUCUAUUGCCUGGCUGUUCCCAUUCCUUGCCUUUUCAUAUCUGUGGUAUAUCUUGUCGUUGCCUACUUCUACAUUUACAAUGAUUCGCCCGUGGAUAGAACCAACACGUACCAUCCCAUGGCCAUGUUGUCCUCGGCAGCCACUAUGACGGCCCUCAUUGAUGUUGGCUCAAAAGACAUGAAUGAGCACGAGAGACAGAGGAAACGGCUUUUGCUGCAGGCACAGAGAGCCAAGCUUUUGGCUCAGGGUCGAAAUCCUGGAACCACUGGACUUAUGAUUCGGUCGGCAAUGCUCUCGAGUGCCACAUCCGCGGUGUCAUUGAGUGAUGGGCUCCAUCUCGGGAAGGCACCCGCUUUGUCCAUCCCACUCAAAGAGGCGGCCACGAAGCUCAAUGAUCAAAAACUUAACGAAAUGGUGUGUGACAUUGAUCAUUUGGAGAAAGUCAAAAAGGACCGACAAGAGUACAGUAAGGACCGCCAAGAAGUUUUCCAUUACUACCAUUAUUAUAACAUGUACUGACCAACCUUGAAGAAUAUUUUGGAACGUGAUUUUAUACAAAUAAAUUGUUAGGUGAUGAAAUUACCUCGUUUCAUGAAAAUCCUCAAAUGGAAAGUGUCAAGGAAGCCAAACAUCAGUUUGGACCCUUUUCCUAAAAAAUUUGCACAUCACGCUUAUUCCUGACAAUCAAUUACAAAAUCUAUUA